CUGAGCAUCUUCACGUUCUACAACCUUAGCGAAUGCAACUGUUGUCUUCACUCGAUUGGGGUUCCCGGUAUUGUAGUCGCUCGUUAUGGACGACUUGAUGCAAUACGAGCCAGAGCAGAAUUUCUACCGUCCGCUCGCCCCACCGCAUACAUUUCGCCUCCUGGUCCUCGACCCAGGUCAUGUUUCCCAUCCAGUAUCUAUCCGACUCCGAGUAGUUGAAAGAGCUACAGGACCUGCGUAUGAUGCGAUAUCUUAUGUAUGGGGAGAUCCCGGGCAUAAGGUGACAAUCGCAUGCGAUGGACGGCCAUUCGAGAUCACCUUCAACUUGUUUUGGGCGCUCGUUCGCAUACGAUCUGUCUCCCAACCCAAAAUUCUUUGGGCUGAUGCGAUCUGUAUCAAUCAGUCGGAUCUUCAGGAACGCAGCAGCGAGGUCACUUUUAUGGGGUCGUUGUACUCGAAUGCAUCCAGGGUGUAUAUCUGCAUGGGUGACGCUGAAGAUGGGAAAGAGUUGCAGGUCCAGACUGUUAUCAACGACGCGAAAGCCCUGGAUUUAGGAAGACAUUCCCCUCUUUCUCUCCCAAGCGACCACUCGCUCCAAAAUGAUGUGCGGUGGUACGCAUUGGGAACACUGACGGAAAACCCUUGGUUCAGCCGCGCAUGGGUAAUUCAAGAAGCUGCACUGGCCAAAGAGCCCAUUGUUCUUUACGGACGAGCCGAGUUCGGAUAUCGAGACCUGGUGAGCGUUCUUCGCUGGCUAAAUACAUCCCCGUGGGCAAUCAGAUUUGGGCUGUCAUCGCUCUUUAUUCAUCUUGACUGGGCAGACUGGCGUCUCAAUGCUCAGAAUCCAGCAUAUGCUUUUGUGGACUUAUUAAGCCACGCAGCUCUUUUGUCAUGUUCUGAUCCACGAGACAAAGUGUAUGCUUUCCUAGGACAUCCGUUGGCAUACCCACUUAUCAGCAAUAACCUUGUGAGGCCGGACUAUCAGAAGACUCCGGCGCAGGUAUAUUUAGAAUUAUCAAACGCGUUAAUUCAACACACGGGACUUCGAGUUCUCACGACUGUCGAGCAUACUCAAUCUACGAUUCUGGAAGAUUUGCCGUCUUGGGUCACUCGAUGGGAUGUAUCGCUAGUAAUGAAUGACAUCUUUAAGGUGCCAAAUACAAAGUUCUCAGCAUCAGCUGGUCGAACCGCCAGCGCCCCGGUUUUUGCGGGGAAUAAUCUUAUCCUUCAAGGGAUCAUCUUAGAAAAAGUUCAACACUCCUAUACAAUCCACACCAGCGAAGUAUCCGGUAUCAGUUUCGAGAAUACUUUUACUGGUGAGCAGAGGGGACUAAAACAAGUUUUGGAAGGAUUAUGCAAAUCGGGUGAUAGUCCUCGCAUGUACCCAGCUCCUGAACUUGCUUUUUGUAGCACGCUCUGCACUGGGGGCAGUGCUUUCGAAAGCAAUCUGGCAAGACGAGCAGUAUCGUUAGCCGUGAUGUUUGAGAAUAGAGGCCAAGCUCCCAAAGACACCUCUACGCAGGAAAAUAUUGAUGAUGCUUUGGUUUACUUCAGCGGAGUAAAGGCUGUUUGUAUGAAUCGGACUGUGGUGGCCACAGAUAGGGGUUUCUAUGGUUUGGCGCCGCUACUUACCGCACCGGGAGAUGUAGUUUGUAUAAUUGUCGGAGUUGAUGUCCCUUUUAUCCUGAGACCUCGUGGAGAUGCAGGGAUUUUUAGGUUACUAGGCGAGUCAUAUAUUCACGGUGUUAUGGAAGGCCAGGUGAAGGGAAUGCUCGAGCGCAAAGAGGUAUUUGAGCAAAGCGUGGUGAUAUGUUAGAUUCAAGAUAGUUUGAAGAAGUGACUACUCUCGAAGG